GCAAGGAUCAGGAACUCGGAGAAAGGGAACAAAAUCUUUUACAUCACCAGUUGAGAAUAUCACCUUUGUUCUUUCCUCAAUCACAAACAAGAGAACAUCUGCAGAUGCUGGAUUGCAUCUGGAUUGCUGGCAACAUAAAUUGCUGGAUGAACUCAGCUUUAGUACACUUUUCCAUAGAUGCUGCCCGGCCUGCUGAGUUCCUCCAGCAUUUUGUGUGUGUUCUUGUUCUGGACUUUUCUACCGACGUGCGGACCAACCAUUCAUCUCAGCAGGAAUUUUUUAUAUGGUGUUAAAACUGUGGCAUGUUAAGUUAAUAAUACAUAAAAGAAAAUCCCAGUUGCACGUCAAGAAAGACUAUUUGUGUGAGACUGUUUCAGUUACUGUGGGGCCAGGCACCCAUGCAGCUCAGCAGGAGGAGGGAAUAAUACCAAUGGAGAGAGUCAAACUGAGCGAGGGUUCAAAUUGGAGAUGGCCAAAAGCUCCAUUCUUAUAGAGACAGGAAGAGCAUCAGAGAAUUGAUGGUCAUUCCAGAUACCAGCACUCUGCCCAGUCAGGAGAUGAUAUCUCUGUCCAGCUUGUUUUGAACCUCACUGUCACAGUGUGAUACCAGAUCAAACCUUGGCAACUCAAGUAAUCUCAUCUGAAAUGUUGUCCUACACCCAUUGAUGGAUUUUGCAAAUCUUUUUACAGGUUAAAAACGAGAAGGAAUUUGUCUCCUGGAAGCUCAAACAUGACACGCCAGUUUUGCUGUCUCUGUCUAGAUAUUUAAGAAGUGGAGCAAGGGAUUCAAUCGACCAUCCUUCCUGCUCAGACUGUGGGGACGGAUUCACUCGGUUAACUGACCAACUGGCAUGUCUGUCAUUUUACACAGGAGAAAGGCCAUUCACCUUCUCAGACAGAGGGAAUGGAUUCACUCGGUCAUCUCAACUGAAGGUACAUUAGCAAGUUCACACUGGGCAAGGCCACUCACCUGUUCUGUGGGUGAGAAAGGAUUCAAUCAGUUUUCCCACCUGUGGACACACCAGUCAGUUCACACCUGGCAGAAGCUGGUCAUCUGCUGAAUUUCUGGGAAAAAGAUUCACUCAGUCAUCUGACUUAAUGGCUCACCAGCGAGUUCACAUCAGGGAGCGGCCAUUCACUUGCUCAGUCUGUGGGAAGAGAUUCAUUAAAUCAUCCCACCUGCUGAGUCAUCAGCGAGUUCACACUGGGGAGAAGCCGUUCACCUGCUCAGAAUGUGGGAAGAGAUUCUCUGAGUUAUCCAACCUACAGAAUCAUCAGCGAGUUCACACUGGGGAGAAGCCAUUCACCUGCUCAGAAUGUGGGAAGGGAUUCACUCAGUCAUCCCACCUGCAGAGACACCAGCGAGUUCACACUGGGGAGAAGCCGUUCACCUGCUCAGACUGUGGGAAGAGCUUCACUCACUUAUGCAACCUACAGAAUCAUCAGCCAGUUCACACCGGGGAGAGGCCAUUCACCUGCUCAGAAUGUGGGAAGGGAUUCACUCGGUCAUCCCAUCUGAAGGUUCAUCAGCGAGUUCACACUGGGGAGAAGCCGUUCACCUGCUCAGUCUGUGGAAAGGGAUUCACUGAUUCAUCCACCCGGCAGAAACAUCAGCGAGUUCACACUGCGGAGAAGUCGUUCACCUGCUCAGAAUGUGGGAAGGGAUUCACGGAUUCAUCCUGCCUACUGGUACAUCAGCGAGUUCACACUAGGGAGAAGCCGUUCACCUGCUCAGAAUGUGGGAAGGGAUUCACUCAGUCAUCCAGCCUACUGAUUCAUCAGCGAGUUCACACUGGGGAGAGGCCCUUCACCUGCUCAGAAUGUGGGAAGGGAUUCACUCAGUCAUCCCAUCUGAAGGUUCAUCAGCGAGUUCACACUGGGGAGAAGCCGUUCACCUGCUCAGUCUGUGGAAAGGGAUUCACUGAUUCAUCCACCCGGCAGAAACAUCAGCGAGUUCACACUGGGGAGAAGUCGUUCACCUGCUCAGAAUGUGGGAAGGGAUUCACGGAUUCAUCCUGCCUACUGGUACAUCAGCGAGUUCACACUGGGGAGAAGCCAUUCACAUGCUCAGAAUGUGGGAAGAGAUUCACUCAAUCUUCCACCCUACAGGCACACCAGCGAAUUCACACUGGGGAGAAGCCAUUCACUUGCUCAGUCUGUGGGAAACAAUUCACUCUGUCAUUCCAACUACUGAAACAUCAGCGAGUUCACACAGGGGAACGGCCAUUCGCCUGCUCAAAAUGUGGGAAGAGAUUCGCUGGAUCAUCCAACCUACAGAGACAUCAGCGAGUUCACACUGGGGAGAAGCCGUUCACUUGCUCAGUCUGUGGGAAGGGAUUCACUCAGUCAUCCCAACUGCUGUCUCACCAGUCAGUUCACAAUGGGGAGUGGCCAUAGUUAUGAAUCCCUGGGUUUCGUUUGCUGCGGACUGUCAUUUUAAGAGAGAGCGAGAGAGAUUACGAAGGUGUAUCAGUCUGACUUGCAGCUUGUUUACAUCCCUUGCAGCUUGUUUCGUUUUAACCAAGAACACAGACAAUCAGAGUCAGACAGAGACGAAGGAGGAAAAAUGGAAGGAUCGACACCUGGGAACUAGAGGCCAAAUAGAGGUUUGGAACUUUCCUAUGCCCACAAGGUCGGGUUAAUUAUCAAUUCACCAUACAUCAAAUUUGUAGUUGUCACCGUGUUUGAUCCAUAGGAGUGGAUCUUAUUUGGGGUGUCCUAUGAAGACCACUGAUGUGUUAACCGUUCCCUGGGUGUGGUGUGGUAAUUCACUUGAAGACGAUACCGCUUGUGACAAGUCACUUUCGGUGAUAAAUCUUAUGAGGGUUUGGAAUGACGACAAAAUCGACAGCGACUGUUGUGUGGUUUUACCACCAUGGAAUCUGUGGAAUUCAACAUAAUUGCCUUCUCUCAACAUUUACCCUGGAUUUCAAAUAUCUCUCUCAUCACCUAUUCUGUGGUUGAACUGAACUUUCAUAUUUUACCAUCCCAAGACUCCAAGCCUUGUUUCCCAGGAGCUCAAUAGUUUGGGAGUUUUAUUUAAACACAUAUAUACA